ACGUCAGAAUCAGGUUCUUGCGAACAAAUCCACCUACAAAAUCAUCCGAAUUUAGUCAACAAACUCGAAUGGCAUCAUGCCACCGACGCUCACACCAGUAUUCCUCACCCACCCUCGAACCACCACUAAAUUCCUCAUAUUUCGCGCCAACCUUCGAGGAAAAUGGAUCAAUUCCCACUCUCACAACAAUGCUAGUCUUCGUGCUAGAUUCUCCGUUCUCCCUAAUUAUCGCUCUUAUUCUCUUUAUUCUUUUCUUUCGCUUUGCUCUAGUUAUCUUCUUUCUUGUCCUUCUCUUCGCUCUUUGUUCCAAUCUCGUUUUCCUCAUCUCCGAUCUCCUUUGUCCUCCAUGACCACUCCUCCUCAAGCCAAUUCUGACCCACCUCAGUCUACCUCUUCCAAGAAAACGGUGAGGGCUGUGAUCAAGGGGAGGGUGCAGGGAGUGUUUUAUAGGGAUUGGACAGUGGAGAAUGCUACCCAGUUGGGAUUGAAAGGUUGGGUGAGGAAUAGGAGGGAUGGUUCAGUGGAAGCUCUUCUUUCUGGGGAUUCUGAUAAGGUCCAGGAGAUGGAGCAGAGGUGUCGCCGUGGCCCACCUGAUGCGAUGGUUACUGGCUUCCAGGUUUUCCCUUGCGAUGAUGAUCCUGGAACUGGGUUCCAGCGUAAACCAACUGUUUGAUUUAUCCAUGUGAAUAUGCUUUACAAGCGGAUUUCUAGUUUAGUAUUAUACAUCUUGUCCUACAUGAAUUUUAGUUUUAAACCCUUUUUAUGGAAAUAAAGAGGAUAUAUAUGUAUAUUGCCGUAGUUCUGACUGUUGAAUCACUGAUCACCUUGUUUAAUGAUAUGAUAGAGAAUUGCUUUUCGAA